UAGGAAGAGUUUGAAAAAAACUGUCUAUUGUGCUAGUUUUAGCAUACAGAGUUUGUUAGCUUUGCUAAGUCAAUUUUGCUAGUUCAAUCAUUUCUCCUUGGGUCAGUGCUGCAAUUAUUUGACCUUUAUUUCAUUUUGCAGAGUCUUUUGUGGGAUUAGUGUCCUUCAUUCAACCGUAAAGGCACUGGAAGAUGAGCAGAGAGAGAAGGGGAAUACAUGCAGCAAGUAAUUGGGAACUGAACUGGGAACAGCUACGUUGACGAAUGUAGCCUCUGUGGAGGGUGCGCCUGCUCUACCACUGAGCUAUGUGAUGCCCCGUUUGACCUUUAUUUCAAAUAAAUCUCGCUACAUAAUGGACAGUUUUCCUUGUCAGCCAUAAAGUGGCUCCUCCUUCAUAACCCUACUGACUCAGAAAUCCAGCACUCUGGACCAAAUUCUUAUUUCAGAGAAAGAAACACACUGCCACAAUUUGUUCACUUAUUUAAUAGAUGUUAUGAAGUAAAUAUUAUGAAUAUGCUGUUUAAUCUUCAUAUUCUUAUCAAAACUGUCCCUGUACAUUUCUCCAUACAAUAUGCUGCAAGGUGUACGGUGGCAUCCAAAUGAUUUUCUCUGCCCAGGUAUUUUGUUCUGCCCAGGAGUCGGGAUUUCAACAUGGCAAUUUGUUCAUAGUGGAUCUUACAAACAUUGUGUUAACAGUUAAGCUUUACUUUCCAUAAGCAAACAUAUGGAUGAACAUAAAGCUUCAUAAAAUGUUAUAUCUUCUUUAUUUGAUCUGACCAAAGAGUUUUAUGAGUUUUAUGGAGGAACAGUGUUUCUCUGUGCUCAAUGUUCUGUUGGUCAACCUUAUUUUCUUCCUGCAAUGAGAGCACUCUGUUGCAUGCAAUGAGCCAUAAAACUAUAACUUGUGUUAUUCAUUGGGCUUUAGGAUCAUGUGUUAGUUAUUAAGGUGUUUCUAACAGCUUUGGUUCUAACUCUCAGAAACUAUUUGAAGAUAAUAAAAAUAGGGUUGUCCCAUGAUCUGUAAUUGUCCUUUUUUGCUUUGUGCUUUGCUUUCUGUCGCAUGUUUAAAAUAUAAGUCAGUUUCUCAUCUCUGUGAUAUUUCACUCAAGUUUCUGUGCUCUGUUUGGUUUUCAGCAUUGAGUGAAACAGCCUGAAACCCCUUUCCUGCCUCUUUACUCAUUGAUUACAACCUUAUAAGAUCCUCUGUCACUCCCUCUGGCCUCCCGCUGUUCCAUCCUGUCUGCUUCUUCAUCAUAGUUAAUCAGCUACAGUCAGUGGUUGAGCAGAUUCUCAUUUCUGUAAUGAUUGGCUCCUCCUGAUUGAAGGUGGAGCCUCCAGCGAUGCAUCAUGCAAACGUACCAGCGCAGCAAGGACGCAUCCUCUCCGCUUCUCCCUCCCCUCCCUCUCCUUACCUCUCACUCUUCCUCUCACACAUGCGCCAGAGCUCAGACUGCAGCAGAGCGCAAAGCCAGCAAGGAUUUUACCAUUUAUUUUUGGAAAGGCAGAGAGACAUUUACCUGCUGAGGAGAUCCUGCAUGGAGGGUUGAUUGAAGAGGAGAAUCUCACAAGCUGCUGAGUGUGUAGGUUGGCACCUGGUCUUCAGAAGCAGCUGCGAGGACUUUUGUAAGCCUCUCCAUCUUUCCCAAGUGACCUGCCAGCUUCUCAUCACCUCUUCUGGUUAGGAUGCUCCGCUGUGCGCCCCUGUGCUGAGGAGGCGUCGGCGGGCAGCAGCAUGGACGCUGUGCUGGCCGGCAUCCCCACCAUCCCCUCCACCACCACCAAUCUGCCACCACCACCACGCUGCCCAGCCGAGCCGGGGGCUCCCCCCAUCCCCGCUGAUGGGCGAAGACACUGACGCCACCCUGACGCUCAACCACCACGGCUUCCUCCCCGACCACAACUAUGUGACUGAAGCGGAUAUCAUCUCCACUGUAGAGUUCAACCACACAGGAGAGCUCCUGGCCACAGGGGACAAAGGAGGCCGUGUGGUCAUCUUUCAGAGGGAACCAGAGAGCAAGUCUGAGCCAUUUUCCCAGGGAGAGUACAAUGUGUACAGUACCUUUCAGAGCCAUGAGCCCGAAUUCGACUACCUUAAAAGCCUGGAGAUUGAGGAGAAGAUCAAUAAGAUCCGAUGGCUGCCUCAGCAGAACGCUGCUCACUUUCUCCUCUCCACCAAUGAUAAAACCAUAAAGUUGUGGAAGGUGAGUGAAAGAGAUAAACGACCAGAAGGAUACAACCUGAAGGAUGAAGAAGGUCGCAUCAAGGAUAUCUCUACAGUCACCUCUUUGCAGGUGCCGGUCUUGAAGCCGAUGGACCUGAUGGUGGAGGUGAGCCCCCGGCGGGUGUUUGCCAACGCCCACACGUACCACAUUAACUCCAUCUCGGUCAAUUCGGACUAUGAGACCUACAUGUCAGCGGACGACCUGAGGAUCAACCUCUGGCAUCUAGACAUCACUGAUCGCAGCUUCAACAUUGUGGACAUCAAACCAGCAAACAUGGAGGAUCUGACGGAGGUGAUCACAGCUGCAGAGUUUCACCCCCUCCACUGUAACCUGUUUGUUUACAGCAGCAGCAAAGGCACCCUACGCCUCUGUGACAUGAGAGAAGCAGCGCUGUGCGACAAGCACUCCAAAUUGUUUGAGGAGCCCGAGGAUCCUAGCGCUCGCUCCUUUUUCUCUGAGAUUAUCUCCUCUGUGUCUGAUGUGAAGUUCAGCCACAGCGGCCGCUACCUGCUUACCAGAGACUACCUGACUGCAAAGGUGUGGGACCUCAACAUGGAGAGCAAGCCCCUGGAGACAUACCAGGUACACGAUUACCUCCGCAGCAAGUUGUGCUCCCUUUACGAGAACGACUGCAUCUUCGACAAGUUUGAGUGUUCCUGGAACGGCUCGGACAGUGUGAUUAUGACCGGCGCCUACAACAACUUUUUCCGAAUGUUUGACCGCAACACCAAGCGAGAUGUGACCCUGGAGGCCUCGCGGGAGAGCAGCAAACCCAGAGCCGUCCUGAAGCCACGGAGGGUCUGCGCCGCCGGCGGGAAACGGCGGAAGGACGACAUCAGCGUGGACAGCCUGGACUUCACCAAGAAGAUCCUGCACACGGCCUGGCACCCCAACGAGAACAUCAUCGCCAUCGCUGCCACCAACAACCUGUACAUCUUCCAGGACAAACUCAACUCCGAGAUGCACUGAUGAAGGGUCGUCGGCGGCGGGUCCAAACGAGUUUACAAGCAAACAUGCAACUAUGCUAGAAUGUACAUUAUCAGACUCAAACGCUGGCCCACAGAACCCAGGAAGAUGCCUAAUGCACACAGUCAGAAUGCAUACACACAUUCAUCUCCUCCUUAGCCUCCCACAAGUGAACGGAGUCCAGUCAGGGAUAAAAAAAGGAAAGUGGCUGCAUUACACAAUGGGUUAUUAUUGAAAAUUGUCCAAACUGUGUUUAUUUUUAUUGUUAUCCUGUGGAUUGUGGUAAAUGGUGUGGUAAUCACCACAGCUUGGCUUCUGAGUGGGUGGGAUCAGAUCCCCUCUCAGGCUAGAAGGACUUUUACAUUUCUUUGUCUUUUUUUAACUCUUCAGGCUCUCUUUCUUUCUCCACCUCCUCUUCCUCACCUCUAUGUAUUCGUGUGCUCAAGGAAAGCCUAUUCUUAUCCCCUUUGCCCACUGUUUUGUGUAAAAAAAAAAAAAAAUUGGGCCAUUUAUAUAACUGUCUGUUUUUCAUUCCAGAUAAAGCUCUCUGUUUUUGUAUCUUCUUGUUAAAUGUCGACGACAAAAGGCAGAUCUGAUGAUGAAAAUGAAGCGACAUGUGCGAUAUGCAAAGAUGAACCCCGUGACUUUCCCCUCAUCCCAAACUGCACCAGACGCCUCUGCCCUCAAGAGGGGCGAAGCAUUCACAGUCCUGCAGACAGAAGCAGACGUUAACAGACACAAACCCACUACAGACCGUGUGUUUAAGCAAUGACUGUUUUCAUUUUUAGCCAAAACACAUCCAAACAUAUCAGUUUGUGUUUUUCGCUUCUGAUCCAGGGCUGUUGUGUGUGCUGCUGCUGCUUCAACACUCAAUACAUUAAACUCAGAUAAAGCAAAAAAGUAAAAAAUAAUAAUAAUAAAAAAAAAAAAAAACGGCGAAGAAAUAUUUGCAACAAUCGAGCAAAAAGAUGCUGCAUGUUCAACAGAUUUAUUUUAUAAAUCGUCUGUCUGACUGACUUGGCUGCCUUCGUUAAACAUUUAAACCUAGCUGUAGAAAAGCUUCAGGGGAACCUGGGGGUGGGAGGGCCUCACAGCAGCAGGAGCCGCCAGUAGUUGACCGUUGACCUCCUAUUUGUGUCCUCGGAUGCUGAAGCAUGUUUACUCGAGUUCGGUUUGUACUCGUCCAUUUUGAAUGAAGCCGUCCACAGAUCAGUGUAAACUGAGAACCGAGAAAAAUGGGGAAUGUUUCAGAUUAAAUGUUGUACCUUAAAAUAAUCAGAAUAACAACAAAAAAAACUUUAGAGCGGCCUCAGUGGUGUCUGUAUAUAACAGCUCUGUUUCUAACAUGAGGUUUCGUUUCGUCUGUCGACCAACUGCAGACUUGCCUCCAAAGCUACAGCGGAGUGAUGGUACUUUAAUCUCUUCGGCCUUCCUCACUGAUUACUUUUUUUUGGAUGUGCAGAAGUUUUUAUUUUUUAAAAGACGGGCGCUUCUUUGUUUGGAAUAUGUGUCGGUCGUACUCCAUGUCUUUAUCAAAUACAGUUGAUUCACAUAUUUUUGUCUAAAUAUAUGUUGACAUGAUUGUCAAAUGGACAGUUAUAAAUAAUGUUAAUAUCUUUCUUUGUUUCUUUCUCUUUUUUCAAUAAAGGAUUCAACAAAAUUGCACCCAA